UCAGUUCAGUUCACAGUCGGUGCUUUUAACGUUCAGUUAUCAGGUUUCACUCUCAAAAUGCUACUACGGAUGACCCAGUUUCUUUGCCUUGGAGCGCUUUUAUUGCUAAGUCUUAUGCAACUUUCGCAGGCCGUGGCCACUCCCAAUAAUAACAACAAUAACAUCAAACCGAAGCCUGUGGCUCAGGUGCAGCCAGGAAAUCCGACUGGAAAUAAGCCUACGAUUGCCACAACAACAAUAAGGCCACAGAGAUUAGUGCAAGAUCCCAAAUGUCUGCAGCCCUUGGAAGUGGGUCCUUGUCGAAUGAAUCUAGAGAGGUACUAUUACAACAAGGAUAAAAAGAUCUGUGAAACCUUUAAGUACGGCGGAUGUCGAGGAAAUGACAAUCGCUGGGGAUUCCGGCAAACUUGCGAGGAGGCCUGUCUACCUAAAAAGUAACCAAUCGAUGGCGAACUAAAUAUUAAGGAUUGUUUAAACCAAUUUAAAAAUAUAAAUGAAAUUAUUUUUAGUAAAAUCUAUAAUCUACAUUCAUGAAGAAUGAAAAUGAAAUCACUUUAUAAUUUUUAAACAUUUGUAUUCAUUUUAAAAUGAAUAUUAUAAAAGUUAAUCUAUUUUUAAAAUAUA